AAAGCAGUAGUCACCAGCAGGCCAGUGUUCCUCCUCAAUCUAGCCCUCUUCUUCCCUUUUCAUCUCUCGCAUCAAAGUCUUAAUGAGUUGGAGUUUAUAUAUUUUUAUGUGUUCAGUGUGCUGAUUACUACCCCUCGGCGGCGAGGUAGGCGACCUCCCGUACACCCACAGUCGUGGAGCACAGCGAGCUUGAUCGCCUCGAGAUGGUCGACCCAGUGAGCCUGGUGGGCAUGAUCCUAACCAUGGUGCAACUGAUCGCAAGUGCCGCGGAGACGGCAAGGCAGAACAAGAAGAAGUGCUGGGAGCUCGCCCAACGCGCGUGCACUCUGGCCAACGUACUGCCCGACUACAAAUACCCGGCGGCGAACGACCAGGAGACGGAGAUAGUAUUGAGGAGGCUCAAGGAGACCCUCGACGAAGCCUUGACGCUCAUCCAGUCCUGCCAGACUGUAACUGUAUUCUCCCGUAGCCGGAAGGCCGCCGAAUUAGAUGGGGUUAAUAGAAAGAUCAACGACUGCAUCACGGACCUCAAUUUCAUCAGACAAGCUCGCACAAAUCACCUAACAGCAGCUAGCCCAGUCUCAUUCCCAGCUCAAACUUAUGACCACGGCUCCUACUAUCAGUAUCAGGCACAAGGAGCCGGAGGUGCCUCCAGCAGCGCCUGUGUUGGCUACCCCCCGCCCCAGCACGCUCCCGUCAAUGUUCACUGGACUCCGGCUCCGUCUCCCUACCAUGCUUCUCCAGCCCCCUCGGCCUCGGGUUACAAUCUAUCUUCUUUUUACACCCUUCCAACGGUCAACAAGAUCUUUGACCGUGUGUGUAAUGGAUUCCGCUAGUGCUCGUCGUUGCAUCUGGGGUGCUAUUAUCUUUCCGGAUGACAAAUCUGUACCCAUUUGUGCACUUAAUUUGUGCAGAGACUAUGAAUGAUAAAUCAUUUGUUGGCAGCAAGUA